UUCUACUACCUUCAGCCUCCCUUCGUCUGGUUCUUCACCUGCAUCUUCACAUGGCGCAUCCUACCAAUCGCCCUUUCUCCGCCAUUACUACAAGACAAAGUCAAUGCUAAACUGCGCCGCCUUUAAGGCCUUUUUUUUUGCAGGAUUCAAUGUCGUUUUGAUCGAUUUCUUUCUACUGUGCAUUUUUCCGACUUCUUCUAUCACUAUCGGCUUCAUAUUCCGGUUUUGCGGAUCGAAUACUCUGUUUAUGUGGUCCGCAGUGGUUAUCUGAAUGCAUUCCGCAACUAAAUCUGGAUUCCGAGGGUUUUUGUGUUCGUUCGCUUGAUGGUAAUGUAGCUUUUUCUCUUGAAGCGCUUAGGGUUUUGGAGUGAGAGGAAGUUACUGGUAUUCGUGAAGAAGUUUUAGUCCAUGAAAAUGUUCGGGUUUCGUAGGCGAAUGAAGAAUGGAAGAUUGAAGGUCCAGCUUUCCGAUCCUGCUCAGGGAACUAGGAGUCCUAUAAGACACCCCAAACGAGUGAGCAGCUCUAAUAGUGAAUGUGCUGCUGCACCCGCAAGUAGGCAUUCUGAAGAGCAUGAUGGGCAACGUGCUUCUGAUGUUGUUCCUGAUAUUAGUAAUGGUGCCUCGGGACAGUCUGAAAAUUGGAUGGUAUUGUCAAUGACAGGGGAAAAACCAGCUCCUCGUUUCAAUCAUGCUGCAACUGUGAUUGGAAAUAAGAUGAUUGUUGUUGGUGGUGAAUCUGGGAAUGGAUUAUUAGAUGAUGUACAGGUGCUUGAUUUUGAUAAAUUUACUUGGAGCAGAGCCUCAUCAAAGCUCUACCUAUCACCAAGCUCACUGCCAUUGAAGAUUCCUGCAUGCAAGGGUCACGGCCUGGUUUCCUGGGGGAAGAAAGCUCUCCUGGUUGGGGGCAAGACAGAGCCAGGAAAUGAGAGAGUGGCAGUCUGGGCAUUUGACACACUGACAGAAUGCUGGUCGCUGAUGGAAGCAAAGGGAGAUAUACCUGUUGCUAGAAGUGGUCACACUGUAGUUAGAGCUAGCUCUGUUUUAAUCCUCUUUGGAGGCGAAGACAGUAGGAGGAGAAAACUCAACGACCUUCACAUGUUUGACCUUAAAUCUUUUACUUGGCUCCCUCUGCAUUGCACUGGAACAAGCCCAUCUGCAAGAUCCAACCAUGUGGCAGCUCUUUAUGAUGAUAAAACUCUACUUAUAUUUGGAGGGACAUCAAAAUCCCGGACCCUUAACGAUCUAUACUCGCUUGACUUUGAAACAAUGGUGUGGUCAAGAAUAAAGGUACGGGGUUUCCAUCCAUCACCAAGAGCUGGUAGCUGUGGUGUUCUCUGUGGAACUAAAUGGUGCAUAGCAGGCGGUGGAAGCAAGAAAAAGAGACAUGCUGAGACUUUAAUCUUUGAUGUACUGAAACUUGAGUGGUCCGUUGCUGUCAUAUCACCUCCAUCUUCUGUCACCGCCAAUAAGGGUUUCAGCUUAGUGCUCGUGCAGCACAAGGAGAAGGAUUUUCUUCUUGCCUUUGGGGGAUCAAAAAAGGAGCCAUCAAAUCAGGUUGAAGUAUUGACCAUGGAAAAGAAGGAACCAUCUUUGAGGGACCGAUCCAAUCCCAUUGACUCGACUGCUAGACAAAAUCUAGCAUCCGCUAUUGAACAUGGCUCUGGCAGAAAAUCCAUUUCAGAGUCCUCACUUAUCGAUACGAAUUCUAUUCCUGGAAACAUUUCACUGCGCAAACAAAUUCAUAAUGAUGAAGCCUUUGACAAAACUACUAAGAUAGCUAAGACUCAAGAAGAUGAUUCCUCUACUUCUCAGGUAACAGAAAACAAGUUGACUCAAUCUGGGGGUGAAUUCCAUGUGGACACACUGCCUUCCGUAUACGAGUAUGAAAGCUCAAAUCCCUUCAAGGAAGGAGUUGGAUAUCAUCCAAUCGAUAAUACUGAUCUAUUCAGCGAAAACAGUGGUAAAAUAGUAGCAUCAUCAACUUUUUCAAGUAUAUAUCAAUUCUAUGAAGCAAAAAUGGCAGCCUUAAUUAGAAAGAACGGAGUUCUCGAAGGGCAAUUAGCAGCAGCAAUGGCAAGCCGAGAAGCCGUGGAGAAAAAUCUAUCCUCUGCUCUAAAGAUCCGUCAGGAGAUGGAGAAAAGAAUAGCUGAUAUGAUAAAGGAGAUGGAAAUGCUGAGAGAUAAGCUAGCAGGAGUAGAAAUAGCAAAAGAAGAGGCUAACAGUCUUUCAAAUAUCGUCCACUCUGACAAUGUACGCCUUGAACAUGAUGUUGCUUUCCUCAAAGCAGUUUUAGAUGACACCCAGAAGGAACUUCACUCUACUAGAGGAGUCCUGGCUGGAGAAAGGUCUAGAGCUUUCCAACUACAGGUGGAGGUAUUCCAUCUAAAGCAAAGAUUGCAGUCCAUGGAGAACCGAGCACCGACACCGAGGAAACCGUUCCAUAUGUAGCAAUGCAAUUUGAACGACGUGAAUCACUCGAAAACCUCAGUAAGCUUCUGUAAAUUAAGAUGAUUCCAAUUCUAGAUGGAGAGAUCAUUGUUGCCAGUAAUAAAAAGCUUAUUGGAAUCCAUCCCCCCUUUAGGCAGCAGAUGUAGAUUCUGGAAUAGUUCACUUCGAUGGCCUUAGAUUGUCUUAUAGUAACUGUAGCGUAAGGGAUUUCAAAGCUUGUAUUGAUCAAUAAGUGUAAAAAAGAGCUGCCAAUUCCAUUAGGACACACAAGCUAGCAGAGAUAUGUUGAUUGAGAGUGCUUUAGGCAUAGUACCGGAAAACAGGCUCAUCAUAUUCAGAACCAAAUCUCUUUCAAAAUCAUGUUUAAAAGUAACAUAAUGUAUUGUUUA